AUGGAGCCCGUAGCCAGACAUGCCCUGGGUCCCGCACAGAUCUCAGCCCAGUUCCCAGACCUGCCGCCGCUGCUGGACAUCGAGAGGAACCAGAGUCUGACACUGAUGAACACUCACUUCAGCAUCACCACGCCGGUGCCCCUCCUGCCCUCACAGGUGGAGGUGGGCGCCAUGAACUGCCGCCCCGCCAAGCCGCUGCCGCAGGACCUGGAGGCGUGGAUCGCGGGCGCGGGUUCUGCGGGUGUCAUCUACUUCAGCCUGGGCUCUGUAGCCCGCGGGGAAACCAUGCCGCCCCAGUACCGGCAAGUCUUCGUGGAGGCCUUCCGCAGACUGCCGCAGCGGGUGCUGUGGAAGUACGAGGGGGAGCUGGAGGGCGUGUCUGACAACGUGAGGAUCAGCAGCUGGCUGCCCCAGCAGGACGUCUUGGCUCACCACAACGUGAAGGUGUUCAUCUCCCACGGCGGCCUGCUCAGCCUGCAGGAGUCCGUGUAUCAUAACACGCCCCUCCUUGUCCUGCCCAUCUUCGGGGACCAGCCCAAGAACGCCAUGUUCGUGGAGAACUCUGGUCUGGGCCACAUGUUGGUGUGGGAGGAGCUCACCGCUGACAGCAUCGUGGACGCCCUCACCGACAUCGUGAGCAGCCCAAGAUACAAGGACAAUGUGGCCGCCAUGUCGGCAUCCUUGAGGGAUCAGCUGACGACGCCACAGGAGCUUGCUGUGUUCUGGACGGAGUACGUGAUCCGCCACCGGGGGGCGCCCCAGCUGAGGUGCCCCGCCGCCCAGCUCUCCUGGGUGGAGUUCCUCAUGUUGGACGUGGUGGGCCUCCUGCUGCUUGUGCUGUUGCUGCUGCUGUUCCUCUUCCGCCGACUCUUGCUCGCUGUCUCCGCAGCACUCCUCGGCGGCGGCGGCAAGAAGAAGAGGGACUAACGGGACAGUGUUCGCCGCACUCCUCGGCGGCGGCAAGAUGUCGGAACUUAAAUUAAUAUAACCAACAUAAUCUAAGAGAGAAAAUUAGCAUGUUUGGUGAUGGGAUAACUUGAUAUUAAAAUUUUACGUCAUUGUAAUUUAAAUAUGAAUCUUUUAAAGCAGUGGUUCUCAACUGGGGGGAGGGCGUGGACACUUUCCCAGGUGGGAGGAGGUGGCGCUAGCACAGGACGGGAGGGAAAAAAUCACGGAAAAUCACCGACUCGCUGGUUAUUAGUAUAAAGGAGAUGCAGUUGUCUAUCUAUCUAUCUAU